GUUGUGCAGAUGUUGUUCCUGUGGCUGCUGAUUUCCUGCUCACCACACGGGGGCGACGCCUCCCCUAUAAGUUGCUACAACGACCGGGGAGAAGCCACCGACUGGUUUUACAUGUACAAGCUGCCCAAGGAGCACGGCACCGCGUCGGGUUUGAGGUACUUUCUGUUGGACCGGGGAGGCGCGGAUUGGGCGCCCGGGCAGGGCGACAUUAAUGACACGUCGGGAGCUCUCGGCAGGACGCUGGGGCAACUCUACACCCAGAAGACGGAAGUAGCGUACAUUCUUUACAACGACCAGGAGCCGCAGCCGCCGCCGCUUCGCCCCAUCCACCACCGAGGAGGACACACAAAAGGCGUGCUUCUGCUGGACACCACGCAGGGUUUCUGGUUGAUCCACAGCACCCCCUAUUUCCCCGCCUCGCCACGAGCGAUGGGAGGCUACAGCUACCCCGACAGCGGCGUCCAUUACGGACAGAACUUCCUGUGUGUCACCUUCCCGCUAAAGAGCUUCCAAACCAUCGGCGAGCAGCUGCAAAUCAACCAGCCCAACGUCUACAGCUGCGACGUCCCGCCGUCGUUUGCGGCGGCCGUUCCCGCUCUGGCCGCCGCGUGCCAUAAAAACGGGACGUGGGUCCCUCCCGCUAAUCGUAGCGUGGCGCUGACGUCCGUAGGCGGCACCCGCUUUGUCGACUUCGCCAAAGGAGCCGCUUUCAACGACGACCUCUACCAUUCCUGGGUGGCCCCUGCCUUGCGGUCAGACCUCCUGGUGCAGUACUGGAACCGCUCGGGCGGCAUCCUGCCGUCCGACUGCAGCCUCGGUUGGAAGGUGCUGGGCGUCACUCGCGUCUCGCCCUCCGGGUCGCCGGCCUACAACCACACCAAGGACCACUCCAAGUGGGCCGUCAGCCUCGGGCCGGCGGUGUUCGACUCCGAAGGUGGAGGCUGGCUGUGCGUGGGCGACAUCAACCGCAACAGAGCGGAGGAGAAGCGAGGCGGCGGCACGCUUUGUCAACGAGACGCCGCCGUCUGGAAAGCGUACCGGACCGCCGCGGUGGACUUUCAGCCGUGCGGGUCCGCUUCUUGA